AUGGAUGGCACUGAUGACUUUUGCUUCGUGAACUUUAAAGAAAUUGUUAGAACCCUGAUCAUAAGUGGUAAUUCAUUGAGACUGCGUGAAAUAAUUGACAGAGUCUUUGUGAACAUACCAAAUGUCAACAGUGAGUCUCUGGCUGCAAUACAGAGUAUUCAGAUUGAAGAAACUGCAGUGAACCUGUGGAACUGGACAGUUACUAGGAGAAUAGAGUUGUCUGUGAGUGAAAGCCAGACAGCUAAAUUAUGUUAUGUUGCUUGCAAGCUGGUAUAUAGGUAUGGAAUCUUAAUUUCUUCAGAAGAAGCUCUUCAAAGACAGAUAUGGAUGAAUAUGAAAACAGGAAAAGAAUGGUUGGAUACUGGAAAUGCCCCAAUUGCUGAUGAAUUUUUUCAAGCUGCCAUGGCUGAUCUGGAGAAAUUAUAUGUCAAAUUAAUGCGGAGUUGCUACACUGAGGCCAACUUGACCAUGCAUAAGGUCACAGUGGAGAAGGGUAUCUUCUGCACGCUUUCUUUUCAAGCUGAGUCAAUUGAAUAUCUUCAUGUACUCUGUUACAACUUUGGAGUAGAAACACGCAAGCAGAAUAAAUAUAAAGAGAGUUCAUUCUGGCUUAGCCAAAGCUAUGAAAUUGGGAAGAUGGAUACAGAUUCUGUUGAACCAGAAAUGCUGGCUAAGGCUCUGCGAUUACUGGCCACUGUUUAUUUGGAUUGUAAUGAUGAAGAAUAUUAUAGUAAGGCCCUCAUUGCUGUACGUCUAGCAAACAAGGAACACUUAGAUCCAGCUGGGCUUUUCUUAAAGAUGAGAAUCCUCAUGAAAGGCAAAACAUGUAAUGGAGAACUCCUUGAAGCUGUCAUGGAAAUACUACAUCUUGCUAUGCCCUUGGAGUUCUGUCUGAGCGUUACUCAAUUCCUGAUUGAUAAUAAAAGAGAUUCUGUUGGGUUUUCUUUUCUGAGGAUCAUCUGUGAUCAUUUUAAGUUGACAGAAGAUAGUAGGAAAGUUGAAUUGUUCUGCAUCGACAUGCUUUUACAGAAAAAUCAAGACCUAAUUGCUGAAGAGAAGAUUAAAGAAAUCCUUAGAGGUCACCAAACAAGAAGUCAACUGACAAGGGAUCUAGUAAAUUGGUUACACAACAUUCUGUGGGAAAAAGCUGCCAGAAGUUUUAAGGUUCAAAAUUACACUGAUGCUUUACACUGGUACAGCUAUUCUCUGAAGUUGUAUGAAUGUGAUCAAGAGAAGCUGGAUUUGGUCAAGCUGAAGAGGAACAUGGCUUCCUGUUACUUAUAUUUGAAACAACUUGAUAAGGCUAAAGAGGCAGUAACAGAAACUGAGCAACAGGAUCCUACAAACAUUUUCACUCAGUUUUAUAUAUUCAAGAUUGCAGUCAUGGAGGGCAACUCUGACAGAGCUUUACAGGUGGUCCGUACUUUAGAGAAAUUAUUAACAGAUGAAGAACUGGAUGAUGAUUGUCUAUUUGAAAGUGAAGUUUCACCUACCAAAAUCCUAAGUUUGGCUAUACAGUUUGCUCUAGAGAAUGGGCAACAAUUUGUGGCAGUCAAAGCUUUGGAAUGUUUAUCUCAACUUUCAGAAGACCUAAAAGAAGUACUUGGAGCUUUAAAGUGUCUGGUUCGAAUUAUUCUUCAACAAGUUUCUCGUAUGCCAGAAUCUGAAAAUAAAAAGAAAGAAAUGGACAAACUUUUGACUUACUUGAACACAGCACUCCUGAAAUUUUAUCAGUGUUUUGAUGAAGAUCCUUCAACUUUGGAUUCUAGAGUUAAUGAUGCCAAUUGGUUCAGAAAAAUAGCUUGGAACUUAGCUCUGCAGUCUGCGAAGGAUCGAGAGACAAUGAAAAACUUUUUCAUGGUUUCCUAUAAGCUGUCCCUUUUUUGUCCUUCUGAUCAAGGACUACUGAUUGCACAGAAAACAUGUUUACUCGUAGCAGCUGCAGUUGAUCUAGAGCAAGGAAGAAAAGCUCCAACAGCUUAUGAGCAGGUAAUGUUACUGAGAAUGUCACUUGAGCACACCCAGAAAUGCAAAAUUGUCUGGAAUCGCCUGAAACAAACAGGAGACUUCUCCGGUGAUAACUGUGGAACAAUGCUUCUGUUGUAUGAGUUUGAAGUUAAGACCAAAACGAAUGAUCCAUCACUGUACAGCUUCCUGGAUUCAGUAUGGAAAAUGCCUGAUAUAGAAAGCAGAACACUUGAAACAAUAGCGUUACUAGCUAUGGAUAAGCCUGCACACUAUCCUGCUAUUGCACGGAAGGCCUUGACAAGACUUUUAUUCAUCCACAAAAAUAAAGAGCCAAUUGAUGUUUUGAAAUACAGUGAAUGCAUGCGCAACUUGAUUGAACUCUUGGUAUCAGAUGCAGUAUCAAGUAUAGUUCUGUAUUCUCUGAGAGAGAUUUGGGACCAUUUAAAAAAUGCUCUGAGCCUCAUUAGCCAAACUGAGGGCUACCCAGAAGAGGAGAUUCUCUGGCUAAUGAUCAAGUCUUGGAAUACUGGAAUAUUGAUGUACAGCAGGAACAUGUAUGAUUCUGCAAAAAGAUGGGCUGGCCUGGCACUGGAUUUCCUUGGCCACCUUGGCUCCCUCAAAACAAGCUAUGAAGCUAAGGUGAAUCUUCUGUAUGUCAACCUCAUGGAAGCAUUAGAUAAAAGGUGGGAGUUAAGGUCUGCAGAGAUGGCUGAGCGGUUAAGAGCACUGAUUGAGCCUCCCAAGGACCCAGGUUCAGUUCCCAGCACCCACACGACAGCUCACCACCAUCUGUAA